CGUGCCUUCAAUGAGACAGGCAAGAUGGCGGCUUCGUCGUCCCUCUGGCUGUGGAGUGUUUUUAUUUCGUUUUUAGGAUGUUUAUGUGCCGAUUCUUCCUUACCAGUACCCGUUUUUAUAUGGUCUAAAGAUAGGUAAGGAAUUUAAAGAACAUUAUUUACCGAUUGCACCGUAUCUAUUCAAUUUUCAAAAGGGGCUUUUCGAUCGAAUUUCUAUAAUUUGGAAAAUUGAAACUCAAACUUGACAAAUUUUGGCAGAAUAGACAUGUGUUUGGAUCAAAACGAAAUCGUUUGGGAAAUUUGAGAUGUAUGCUAUGACUUUUGAGUUGCAUUUGAUAUGAUGAAACUUUACUGAGUCAUUUCUUUGUCUUGUUUAAGAUUGAUGAGACAAAACUCAAUUUAGAAUGUAGAUUAUAUUUAUGAGUGUUUUCCUGUAAAUUAAAUACAUGAUUAAUUUGUGGUAAGAAAUUUUAGCGAACAAGUGCAUUUAGGAAAUUAAAAAAUAUAAACAGAAUCAAAUUGAGAGCUCUCUGAAUGAGUCUCUUGAGACAGGCAAGUACACUUUGUAACUUUCUACAUCGUUUGCAAUUACAUAAGUGUUGGAUAAAUCUUGCACCAUUAAGAACCUUCUUACGGUAGCCUAUAUGCACGUAGAGCUAUACUGGUUAUGUAGGCCUUGCAACCCAACUUUUUCAAAUUUGAGAUUUGGUAACCAUAAGAAUAGGACAUGGCCGCAUGGAAUUAUGUUUUGGUUAAAAAGCUUAAUAAAAGAAAAAGCUUUGAAAGCUUUGUACACAAAUGGUUGUCUUACUUAAACUUUACAUUAUUGACAGCACUGAAAUAGUCAAAAUGUAACAGUUUGAUGCUCGACUGCAGAAGACAGGUUGUCAAAUCAGUAACUUUUGCUUCUAAUUAAGUUACUUAUUGAGUUCUUUCCACUUGCCACAGCGUUCAAAAUGAUGUCAGCCUAGAGUGCUUUUUUUAAAGUUGAAUGGUCUCAAAGCAGUUGCAAAUUAUGUGUCUUUGUUAUCUUGCCAACAGUGGGGUUAUUAGUUCUUCACCUGUACUGGCAGGGCACACAGUAAAGCAAAGUGAUUUUCAAGAUAAAUAUCUCAAGAAACUAUUCAACACCCCGCAAAUCAUUUGUGUCUUUCUACAGGAUAGGGUGAGUGGAUCAUUAGGCUUUUUAACCUCUAAGAUUGACUAGCAUUCGAUUUCUCCCUUUGUUAUCCCCCUUGAGUCAAACAUUAUGGUCUUGAGAGUAUAGGAAAUGAUCACCAACUGGAAACGCUCUUAAUUGUUAAACUAAUUAUAUUGUUAAACAUAUGUUGUUAAAUUGUUAAGCGAUAUAUACACAUACACCCAUUUUCAAAAAUGUUGCAAUUUGAAAAUAUACAUGAAAUAUAAAUAUCUUUUGUUUUCUCAUCAGAAAGAGACUUUUUGAUGAGAAAACAAAGGUGCAUAUAUUUCAUAUAUUUUUUACAAUGUUUUUGAAAAUGGGUGUAGAUACAACCAUAUGUAUGUAUGUAUGUAUAUGCAUAAUUCUCAUGCAAAUAAUUUCUUUAUAUUUUUUCAGUUGAGUAUAGAGGAUCUUAGUCACUAUGGUGAUGCAUACAGCACUGGAAACCAAGGCACAGCAUUUUACAACCUUAAAGUUGCCAUGGAAGCUGCCAACUCAUCAGCUGUCUUACCAUCAGUAGAUCUUUCCUCAUCAAGUGGGAAUAAUGAUGAGUUGCUUCACCUGAUCAGAAAAAUGGCAAGUGGUUUGGUGAAGGAGUUAAAUCCAGAAGGUAAAGUUAAUGGGUUGAAAUGUGUCUGCCCAUGUUUUAACUUAUUUUCUCCCAUUUCCAACCUUUUUGUCAUGUGUUGCCUUACCAAUGGUUAGAUAUAAAUUGUCAUGGUAUAGCAUUGAGUGGGUAUUUGACUUAUUAAAUGAAAAACAAAUGAAGAGGGUGUCCAAACCUCUGAGCUGCAACCAUUUUGGUUGCCAUGGGGCAUUGAAAAGUUUUGUGGGCUAAAUUUGCAGUCAAGGUUGGUGAUUUGAUAACUUGUAUUAAGCUGUAAUUUAAAAAGCUCUAACUUUUUCUUAAUUGGGUCAGAUAUUUUUUUAAAGCAAUUAAAUGUUGAAAAAAAAUAUUCAGGUUAUGAACUAGCUGUUCCCUAUUUUUCUGGCAAUUUUAAUUUUAUUUCUGGCAGUUAUGGUGGUGGGGAAAUGGUAACUUGAAUUUAACCUUUUACUACCAAGAUCUCUAUGUAUAGUAAUUCUCCUUACUGUCUGCCAUACAACUCUUAUUAUGUCAAGUCAGAGAAUUUGGUAUUGGAUCAACUAAAAAUCCCCUACUUGACAUUUUCUUUCUUAUCAUCACUUGUCUGCUAGAUAUUGUAUUGAUAUUAAUUGUAAGGAAAACAUUUUGUCUUGGUCAUUCAUGGAAAGAAAGGAUAAAGUAAGUUGGACUUUGAACCAUUCUCAUUGCAAGCUAAUGAACAUCUAUCUGUAGUCUAAGGAAAAAAAAUUUGUCUUGGUCAUUCAUGGAAAGAAGAAGGUAAAGGAAGUUGGGCUUUGAACCAAUCUCCUUCUAACGUGAUGGAUAUCUGUCUGUAGUCUUUGUCCUUGUUUAGUGUGGAUGAUACAGUUUGCAUUUAAGAGGUUGAUCUAUUCUAUUUAUAAGUCCUCUGAUGAUUCCUUGAUUUCUUAUCUCUCAAACAGAAACAGGAAAGUUUGAUAUUACAGAAUUUUCACUGGAUAAGGAAAAGACAAAUGUUUUCAUCUUUCAUUUGAUGCCAACAUCUUCAAGGUUUGUCUAUCUUAUUUAACCUUUUUAAUUCACUUCCCUUGCACCUGUCCUCCAGUUCAUCAUCUAAGACAACUUGCUUUACGAAGAUUUUAUACAAUUUAUCAAUCUGUCUCAAAAAAAAAAACAAAAAAAAAACUGUUAUACCUUUGGUAACUACAUCUAAUAAAUUGUUCACUUUUCUCUGAAUUUAUUUAGUUAUUUACUUAACCCUUUACACUCUAACAUCAGUAUGUUUAUUCUCCUUACUGUUCUUCAUGCAUUUCUUGAAGUGCUUGCAAGGAGAAUUUGCCUAACAAUCAAGGGCUUCUUUAGUUGGUGAUCAUUUCCUUUACUCAGGGGUGAUAUUUAUGAGGAGAAAUUAGAUGCAAGUUGCUCCAAGGGGUCAAACAUUGUUAUCAUCAUUGCAGUUUACAAUUAUUACACAUUUGGAUAUAUUUGGAGUACAUUUGUGAUUAAAAACAGUUAUUGUACAUCCACAUGCAUACAUUUAUCAUUACAUACUCACUGUAGAUAUCUGUUCAACAUAUCAUGUUUUUCUGUCAUCCCCAGUGAACCUGCAAAGAUGUUUAUACAGAAUGGUAAGUCAAUACAUGUAUUUCUUUACAUUUUCACUUUUUGGUGAAGUGUAACUGUUAGAUGUUGAGUUUGAGAACUUUUCUGCCUUUUCUUUUUCAGAUAAGCUGAUUGGGGCCAUUAGUGGUCAGAUAGCAUCCACAGAUUUGCCAUAUACAUGUAUUAUGACUGCAGCUUCUCCAAAUGAGGUAAGACUAAAUAACUAGUAAUAACAGUCGACAAUUAAAGUGUGUUCAAUCAAUCUUAGGAACGGACAUUUGUCAUGGGGUAACAAAAUCCAUUGUUGAAACAAGGUUUUGCCCACAGUUCUGAUUUCUAUUAACACAUUUUGCUUUGAUCAAGUGGUCACACUUUAACUACAAAUCUUCCCAUGGCAUCCAGACCGAAGCAAGUCAGCCUGUAGGACCUCAAUAAGCCAACAGGAUUCAAGGCUCUUGCAUGAAAUCAAGGCCUGUGAUCAGCCAGUCCAAGAGGGUGCCUUUUAAUCCACUCAAGAGAAGCAACACGAAUAUUAUGCAAUCUCCUAAUGUCAAACGCUGAAAAAUUUUUUUAAUGCAAUGUACAAACUAGCUGUGGCUUUUUGUCUUUUGUAGUCCAAACAAAUGUUUGUGGUUUGUUGUGACCAAAAUUUCUAUAGGUAAAUAAGUUUUACAACAUUCCUAGUGAGCAGUCAAACAUUAACAAGGAAGAAAAUGUAAUAUUUUUAACUCUUUGUUGAAGCAAAACCAAAGUAAUUGGGGAUUACUCUGAAUUCGCUAUUCAUUUGAAAAUUGCUCUAAAAAACACUUUUAAAUUAAACAGCAACAUAAAUGUGUCAACAUUGUAAUGAUUUUGUUUCUUUCAAGGUUAUUCAUGAAAGACUUUUAUUAGAGGAACAAUGGCAACAGGAAUCACGCGACAGAUUCCGACGAGCUUUGGAGGUGGAAGAUUUGGGAAGUGUACCUGAAGCAGCCAGAAAGAAUCACCUUAUAAAUGGGAGUCUUUUUGCUGAUGCUGGGUGCAUUUUAUUGUACUUCAAAGGAUUUGAAAUAAUGGCGAAUCAAACCACUCUCAACGUUUUCAGCAAUGCUACGGAGGACUUAACUUUUGAUGUUCAAAAGGAUUGUACUGCGGUUAAUACAAGUGAUAGGUAUGAUGCGUUAUAAACUUUUGUGUCUAUUAAUUAACAAUUGGAAGCUAGAGUUGCUCUCGAUUAUGCCACAAACAACUCUUAUGCAUCUUUCGUGCUCUCCAAACAUGCUGAACACAUGCUAACUUAUGAACCAAUUGUUUUAUAACAUUUUCAACCUGAUGGAAAAUUUUUUUCUCAAGGGAUUUGUUUGCUGACGUCAUGAGUGCGCACAGUAGGAAUAUGAAGCAUGCUCGUGCAAUUGAAUUUGAUUACACAAAUUUACUAGCUAUGUUAUAAUGGUCCUUUUGGCUAAAUUUUUUUAAUGAUAUAGUUAUUUCACUGUGUAAUUUGAUAGUGUAGUUACAGUUACAUGUACUAGUCCUAAGAGGAUUGUUCAGAGGUGGUGGAGUUUUUUCUGGUGGAGUGUUUUGAAAUGUGGCAGCAAUCCUUUGCCCUUUGCAUAGUCUUUUUUGAUGCAAGUAAACUCUUUGCAGUCAUCACAUAGUUCAAAUGAAUAAAGGGGGUAAAUUUCUUAAGAAACUGUGGUACUGCAUUGGUUGGAGAGGUUAAGAAGGUAAUUUGGUAUCAUCAACUGAGUUAAUAGCAUAAAUUGGCCACUAUAAAGAGCUUUAAAGGUAACAUUUCAAGUGUUAGCCCUUGGUCAGUGCUCUUUGCUCUGAUGAAGGGCUAACACUCUAAAUGUCAGCUUUAAAACUCUUUAUGGUGGCCAAUUUAUGCUAUUAACUCAGUUGAUAAUAUCAAAUUACCUUUGAAUAGUUCAGUUUGUCUGUAAGCCAUGUGCAACUUACAGUAUUUUUGUGUUGCUGUGUUGCUUAUUUGUGGGCAGUUAAGUAAAUUUUUUAUAGUGACAAAAAGUGUUUUUCUUUCUGUUAACAGUAUCACAAUCAUUUUCAAAGGUAUUAAAGGAGUUAAAACAUUAGAUCUGAGGUAAGAAGAACAUAAAUACUCGUUCUUGAGAUUUAAAAUCAUUCCUGGGGAUGAGAGGAAUCAAUUCUUAACAUUUAAAGAUAAUUGGAGGGCUCAGAGCAAGAAUGAUCCCUUGAUUUUUCGGCCAUUUUUGAAAGUGUCCACAUGCCAAAAUUCAACUACUUCUGAACACUUUCAAAAAUGGCCGAAAAAUCAAGGGAUCGUUCUUGCUCUGAGCCCUCCAAUUGUCUCCUAUUUUCUGAUGUUAAGUAUCUUGAGAAUUUUAUGCUGAAUUCAAACACUACCUCCUAUUUGAUGUAUUACACAAUUUUUAUUUACAAGCACUAUCUGUUUGACAGUUUAGUUGAAUGAAUUGUUGGGAGAAUGUAAUUGUUAGUCAUUCCUGGUGGUGAAAUGGUCAGCAGAGUGUAUUUGUAGUACAUUGAACCUCUAACACUUGUCUCAUGUGUUUCUUUGUUCCAAGCUUUACCUUUACUACAAAUGCAUCUGAAUGGAAAUGCACUGAUGCAACCUUAAAAAUUGAUGGUACAUUAAGUGGUCAAGAGAUUAAGGGAACCUUCACAUACAAUUCAAGUGGAGUAUUGACAGCUCCUAGUGAAUAUUCAUACAGUUGUGUCAAUGUGACAAUGAAACACAACAAGACCCCAAUCAGCUUCAAAAACUUUCAGGUAAGGUUGAUGACUUGUUCUAGCUUAAAAAACAGUCCAAUUAUGGAUAGCCAUGCACCGUGCAAUAUUACCACCUAUCUAAUGCAGUAUGACCACUUUUUUUGCCCAAUGGAAUUUUUAACACCAUCCAUGAAGGAUAAUUUUUUUUAUGAACAUUGUCAAUCUAGGUGCACCCUUACUUUCAUGGCAUUUACAUGUAUUAACAGGGUUUUACUGUCAUCUGUCAACUCUUUGAUUCCUGAAUCACUUCCAGAGAGCUGAUGUUCCUUUUUUUUCUCUGUUAGUUGUGAGAAUUUGUUCUUUUAAGAUGACAUCCUUUACGUUGUUAAAAUGAAUUUGACUUUUGUCACCACUUGAUUUGCUUAAAUUUAAUGUUAGAAACUGCUAUAAAGAAGCCUUAAAAAAAAUAAUCAGGUGUUGUUGGGCUUUCAAUUGAUGUGCUUUGUUUUCAUUCUGCACUGCUAAAGGAAGGUAGUCUACUAUCACUUCUGGAAGAAAAAUGAUGAUUAAACACAGAAAUAUAAAUGGAGUUGGUUUUGUUGUUAAUAAAUGAAUGAGCUCUCCAGUUUUCCUCAUACAAUGAAAUCAACACUUGGUGGUGCACAAAGAGCCACCUUGUAAAAAUCCAAGUUACCAUGUAUUUUUCCAGUAAAUGUGAACCUAUCUGUCAACCAAACAUUUUGUUUCAUUCCCUACAGGUUCAGCCAAUUAAUGUUAAGAACGGCACCUUUUCCUAUGCCUACGAUUGUACAGGGUUCUUCAACAUCCCUAUUCUUAUGGGGCUGAUCACGACAGGUGUUCUUCUGAUCAUUCUCUUUAUCGCAGUGCUUGUCAUGUUCAGCUUGACUACAAUGGACCGAUUUGAUGAUCCCAAAGGUCCUACCAUCCACGUUGCAACUGGUUAGACAAAAUUGAAGUCAAUGACAUGGAUUAGAUCAGCUGAUAGUUUGAAAUGCAGUUUACUGUUCCCUCUUGAUAAUAGUGUGAUGAAUUAUUUGACAGACUUUUGUUGGUUGAACAAAAUUUUCAACUUUAGGUACUACAUUUUCAAUUAUUAAAUUUAACUGUUUGAGGUGCUGCAUUUCUAGUUGAGUCUUGUGGAAAUGCUCUGGUCACUACUUAAUUGUGAGUCUUGCAUUGUGCAGUCAAGUUCUUUUUUUUAAUAACUUGGGCAAGUGGGAAGACUGAGAGAAAUGUUUAAACAAUCAUGAUCAUGAACAUGAAUCAUGCUAAGUGUUUGUGGCAAUCUCUUGGCAGAUCAGGGGGGGGGUCAGUCUAGGGGGGCAAAACACAAAACCCCCCACCCCAUCAGACAUGGGUUUGGUUUUUUUUUUAACUACAGUAGGUACUUGUCUGAAACCAAAAUAACAUGAUCAUACAUUACUACUCAAGUUAAUAGAAGUAUUUAAAAUUAAGUUAUCUUGAAAUAUUUCUCAGCUUUAGGCCCUAGCCUGAAAAAUUAAUUAAGUUGUCUUUUCCUAAUCAAAGUAUUGACCCCCUCCCCCCUUCCUCCUUGACAAAAUUUUCUCAAACCUCCCCCCCCCAAAUAUCAUUAUGAAGUGUCCAUCAGAUCAUGGAAUGGGAAGAUUUAAGGUUAUCUUGUAACCCUACCUUAACUGCUUAACUGUGGAAGGUCUGUGUACAAGACCUAGGCUAAGGCUGAAAUAUUCUUGAGUGGCUCAGAAUUUUGCUUUCUGUCAUAAUUUUGACAAAUGUUAAAUAAAGUAACUGAGACAUUAAUGAUUAAUUCAAUUAUUCAAUUAACAAUGUGCAAUGAUGGGAGAUGGUGGGAAGCUUUUUGUGGGGAAAAUAUUUCAUCUGCCAAUAUUUUGCUUUCCAAAUAGUGGAAAUUUGUUUGUCAUGUCAAAUAACAGUAGCGAUGAGGAAUAAUGUUUUAAAAGUUCCUUUAUUCAUGACUUUUGGUGACUGAUAGUUUUUUGGUCACAUUAGUGAUUGGUUAAAAGGUCAUUGUAAGGAUCUCUGACAAAAAUAAUUUAAUCGAAAGUUUUCAAACAGGUAGCUUGAGAAGUUUGCAUUAUAUUUUGAAUUAAUGUUUUGUAUUACAAAAAAUGUUUUUCCCUUGUGGUAAUCUGGAUUACUGAGUAAUUAUAUUUGGAUAUUUCUAGCUCUUAAUUUACAAUCAAUGACUUAUCAACAUAAGCAUUCACGCUAAAUAUAAAAGUGAAUGUGUUAAUUCAAGUGAGCUAUUUGCUUGAUGAGUUUCUAUCAGUUUUGUCCAUGUAGUUGU